UUCAUGACAAGCUUUGUUGUUGCAGUGCAGUUAUGCAAUAUGUGCUGCUGCUCCAGGUGUGCCUCCUGGGACUUGGCCUGUCUGUGGCCAGUCCUGGUAGGACCUUUCUGUUUAUGUUUCCCCCUCAUAAUGACUCAACACCAAAUGUUGACCAUACAGUAACUAUCACAGUCCCUGAUGUUUGGAAUGCAGUUACUGUGAAGGUUCUGGAAAGCAGCUACGUCCAACACCUCUACCUCUCUGCUAGCCAGUCAAAGACUAUUCACCUGCCAUUAUCUGUGGGAAUGACCAGUGAUCGCUCCUCCCACCUUCUCAGUGUGACAUCUAUGUGGCCUGUUACAGUCCUCGCCUCAUUCUGUACCCAGACUGGUUGUGAUCACAGUCUCCUUUGUGACGUGUCAUCCUGGGGCAGCCACUACUACCCCAUCACUCCUAACUUCCCUGACCAGACUGCUGUCAGCCAGAUGGUGAUCACCAGCUCAGACCAGGGGACAUCAGUGGAUAUCGUCCUUUCAGGGGAAGUGCUCUUUGAAGGCAAUAUGUACCCCAGGGAUAGUGUCCUUAACUUGUACAUAGGUGGGCUGCAGAGUGCUUACAUCCAGAGCAACUUCAGCCUGUCUGGCUCAGAGUUAAUCUCCAAAGAAGCUGUAGGUGUAGUGGUUGGUUUUACCUGCUCCAAACACACACUUAGGGAUUGCUUGUAUGGAUUUGCUGAACUGAAACCAGUCAAACACUAAGAUUUUGAAUAUGUUAUCCCGCCCUUGGUAAACACAGGAAUGAGUUACAGUUUCCUGUUGGCCACGACUACUAUUAAAGCUGACCUGGACGUCACAACCAGAACCAUGCGAAAGAAUUUGUCUGUUGCUGGUGGCAUUAUGAAGGCCAUUCCUGUUUUGACCUCGGAUAAAAUUUGCGUUACUAGUGAUGGUCCUCGUCAACUUGUUUACUUCAGACGUGGCAAUGCACGGGGUCGUUCAACUCUAACAGUACUGCCAUCUGUUGAUGAUAUCUGCCAGACUGUACCUCUGUGUGAUUAAGGUGAUAUGAGUAUGGAGCACGGUGACAGUACUCGCACAGGAGAUUUAAAGACUGAUGUUAGCUUCUGCCAGAAGCUCAACCUAGCUCAGCUGCCUGACAAUACAAAGACCCAUUAUCUUAUCACUGACACGGAUAUGGGAUACUAUCUGAGUACCAUAAACAGACAACUAUAUCCAGCACUGUGUGAGAGAGGUACAGCUUCUUGUGAAGAGUUGCACUGUGGACACAAGCGGAAGUGCUUUAUCAACAAUGGAAAACCACUCCGUUCUUUGAAAACUAAACUAUGCUCUACAUGGGGUACUUCUUAUUUCCGCUCAUUUGAUGGAAGAGAUUUUGUCCUACAUGGAAACUGUAACUACACUUUAGUUCAUACGACUUGUCCAGGCUUAAAUGCUUCUGUUCCACUACGAAUUAAUAUAGCGCAAGCAUAUUAUAACAGUGCUACUGCCUCCACCAUCCACACAGUGCAGAUAAGCAUCCAGGACUUUAAUAUCUCCA